AUGGUCGAGAAGUACGUUAACAAGCCUGGGCAAUGGCUUUACAGUGGUGGUGAAUACGCCUCCAGCAAUGACAAUUCAGAGGCACAUUGUUGUCCCUGUGUUGUCUAUGGCCGUGCUAGAUCUCUUCUCGAUGAUGCCGUUGAGUAUCGAAAUGGAAACUGCCAUGCACAGGAAGGACCCGUAUCGAAGGCGCCUUUUUAUUCCAUCAUCUCAGGUUAUUGUUGUUCAUUUGCUUUCUUCUGCGUUCCUUUCUAUGCCGGCUUCAUCGCCAGUCUUCGAGGAGACGUUCGACAGUUCUACGAUAUCGAAGGUACCAGUGACCAAGACUAUUGCAAGAGCUGCCUCAAUCCAUGCAAGACUCUUGUUCAAAUCGAGAACGAAAUUGAGCAACGGCAGAGACGCCGAAGGCACAGUGAGUGCUGCGGGUAUAAGCCUGAACCACCCAUGACCUCGUCAUCUUCGAAUUCUUCUAGGUCACACAGCAAGACACAUACUGCCGAAUCGGAUGCUGAUGAAUCCCUUCCAUGUAUUCCUGAAGACUCUCCAGAAGCCACACCUACAACUCUUUCUGCCGUGAGCAGCCGUCGAAGCAGUACCAAGCCACGAGAGAGGUCCAUUGCUCGAGACCCUCUUGCACCCACCGAUGCAACUCUUGUCCACAGCCACAAUCUUGCCAAAGAUCCAAUGGGGCCAACCUACAAAACCAGUGGGAACCACAAGCUGAGACAGGACACGUUUGCUCCCACAUAUCCGCCUUCUAUCCAUCAGCUUCGAACCGACACCAAAGCUCCAGCUAGUCCACCUGCAGUUCACCAACAUGAUCUCUUCGAAGAUGCCAGCGAGACAUAUGCUCAGCCCAGUAGUCAUGACAUUGACUUCGAUCCAGUCAAGACGUUUCGGGCGAGUCCAGAACACCAACUUCGUCAGGACAAGAUGACACCAGGAGCAUUUCCUACUUCACACAACCUUCACCGCGACAUGGUGAGCCGACGGGCCAGAUCACCUCGACCACAUACGCUUGAAGUGGAUGAGUAG